AUGACUGCUGCAGAAUUUGUGGCGUUAGAUCCAGCAGAGCCGAAGAACCAUCGGGGUUUUCGAUCACCAGGUUUGAGCUGCCUGAAGUCGAUAUACCUGUACUUUUCAGGUCUCUGGCUUGGCGAUGGGACUCGCUGCAAUGCGACCAUAAGUAACAACCAUCAAGUCGAAAUCAAGGACUUCCUUGUUCAGCACGCUGCUGAACUUGGCCUUCAUCUUGUGUGGCAUAAGGGUUUAUCCUAUGCUACUGCUGGGCUAUCAGACAAUAGCACGACCCGAGCUGUCAAGAAGGCUCUCAAGAAGGCCGCCAUCGCUCGAUACAACGGUGACCACCUUCAAAACGGCCGGCACUGGCAAGGACUGUUGCCCUCGUAG